AUGAGUGACGCCGCGCCGGCGGCCCCCGACGAAAUCCGCAGCCGGAAAGACGGCAUGGACAGCGACGAGGUAUUGGCUGGGCAAGAGCAUCGUCGCCAAUCAGAUGGGGGCAUAGCCAACGGGAACCGAUUCCGUGACGAAAAUCUGUGUGGCCCAAAUCGACAUGAGGACGGUGAUUGUGUCAAUCAAGAAGACUACCGCGCUUUUGAUGUCGGCAUUCAUGAGCAGGGUAACCUGGAUGGCGUCUUGUCUGACCAAAGUGAUCAUGGCGAUGGCUUUCGUGAGCAAUCUGCAGACCGUAUUGGCAAGGACGACUGGGAUAUUCGCGAACAGAGCCAAGGUCAUCAUCGGGCUCGGGAAAACGACUUCCAUGAGCGGGUCAACCGGGAACAUGAGCCUCACGGCCGCAAUGCUUCUGACUAUGCUCGGAAUGGCAGUGAAGCCAACGGUCAUAGACUUCUCUCUCGUGGCGACAAGCGCGGCCCAGGGGUCGACGCAGACAUUCCAAGCCCACCCCCGAAGAAGAUCAAGAAGAAGCCAGGCCCGAAGCCAAUGAACAGACCCCCUCCAGUGAAGAAGGACGACGCGCGAGCUAAGAAGGCCUUGAUUAGGCAGAUCGAAGGCCAUUGGGGCAAAGACUUCAUCAAGAAUUACAUCCCGAAAUAUCAUCGACCCCUCCAGAAGCGCAAGAAAGGGAAACCUCGCACACACAACAGGAAGUCGGAGGACGAUCCCAUGAAAUGGAUGCCCAGCGUUCUGAAGGCCAUCCUCUCUCUUGCCGCCAAGAGCGAUGAUAAAGCGCGCCUGAAGAAGCUGAUGGGGGAUGUAGUUCGCUACCGUAUUCAACAUACCGGCAACAAGAAGCCUCAGCUCGUCACUACCGACUUUGAUGUCAUCGAGGACAUGUUGGACCAUGGCUGGUCCGUCGGCCAAAGCUUUAGUAUCCGCUACAAGCAUCUUAUGACGAACCGUGAUGAGCCAACGGACACCAAGGAGAAAGACGCAUACUACAAAGAUUUGUUCCGCGAGGAAUCUUCGUCCGACGGGUCGGAGGCUUACGGCGAUGAAAGUGGUGAAGACGACGAAAUGGGCCAGGAUGAUGACAGUCACGAACUUACCCACGACUACCAAAUGCGCAGCGGUUAUUAUGAGCAGCUGCCCGCGAAAGCCCAUCAGCGCCAUAGCACAAGUUACGCAGUGCAGGAAUACAGCAAGUCGACCUCCUCAAGGAAGCGCGGUGGAGCGAUGCCCGAGUAUCGCGUGCCGCCUACUCCCCGAGCACCAGGCAGCUCCUAUGCUGGUCAGGAUACACGUAUGUCCGAUAGAGGUGCUAAGCCUGACCGCUCUCGGCCCCGCCCUCGCGAUGACUACGGCCUCCUUGAUGGUCCCGACACUUAUGACAGCAAUGGGUACAGUAUGUCACGCCGUUAUUCGUACGAAGACGCUGUCAACGACCGUCGUCGCCCAGCGAAAGCAGACGUGCGAACCAGCGACCAUUCCCGUAUCGACCACCGCAACGCCAACGCUCGUAACCGUACCAUUGGGUCUAGCCCGGAGACGCCCCUCGCUCGCAUGCGUGACAGUGCAAAGCAGGAACCCAAGUUCUCUCGCAUCUAUAAGCCAUCGCCUGCGCCCAAGAUCAAAGCCGAACCUCUUGACGACGAAUCUAAACUCAGCAAUAGGCACCGCGCAGCUGAAGCUUCCAUCAAGCCAUCCGGACCUGCCGAAGCGGACUUGCUGCGUGAGGAAGAGGUUGAAGGGGAUGGGGACAGCGAGGAGGAGCUCCGCGCUCAACUUGAACUCGCCGAAGCUAAAGCCAAUGCUGCGAAGCUGAGGUUGAUGUUACUGAGCAAGAAGCGCAGGAGCGGUGCCGGCGAGAGCAAGGGUAACCCUCUGAGUCUUGGAGACUGA